AUGUUUAAGAUCGAGGACAUGCAUGACCAAUGUGGCCCGAUUGUUCGAAUCAGUCUACACGAGCUCCUUGUAAACGACCUUACUUUUCUUCCUGUGCUCUACGCUUGCGGCACAAAACGUCGAGACUUGUAUGCUUGGGCCACCCGUGUCUUCGGCAGUCCAGACACCGCGAUCGCUACCGUCAGACAUGACGUGCAUCGUAUGCGCUGGGAAGUCGUGAACCGCUAUUUCUCCAAGGAGAGCAUCAGACGGAUGCAGCCGAUCCUCAAACGCAAUUUCGAGAAACUGUCGCAGAAACUGGCCGAGUUCAAAUGGUCGCCCAAACCCUUGAACGUUAAGCUGCCGUUCGGCACCUUCGCCGACGACAUCAUCACCGAGUACUGCUUUAGGCAGUCCCACAGCUGA